AAUCUAGCAAUUUGGCUACGCACAUCUCACUUUAGUCAUUUUUUAAGCAUAUAAUGCUACAAUAUACAGUGUAAACGGCUAUAAAUAUACUCGCUCUCUAUAUUGAAUCUUACAUCUCAACAGUGUUAUGCUUUUUACAUGCAAAAUGGGAUUUUCUUGCGCUAAUUACAAAUUUUCAUUUCCUGUCUCCUACUCAUUUUUCACGCUUCUAGUAAGCUUUGCUAUUUUAAACCCUGUAAUUGGUUUAAGAAGCUGUAAAUUUGAGGCCAUCUUCAACUUUGGCGAUUCCAACUCGGAUACGGGCGGAUUACCUUCCGCCUUCUUUCCUCCUAAUCCUCCCUAUGGCCAAACGUAUUUUCACAUGCCAGCCGGAAGAUACUCCGACGGAAGAUUGAUUAUAGAUUUUAUUGCACAGAGCUUGAAUCUGCCAUAUCUUAGUGCAUACCUGAAUUCCUUGGGAACAAGCUUCACUCACGGUGCAAAUUUUGCGACCGGAUCAUCCACCAUCAGACUGCCUUCUAGCGUUAUUCCCAGUGGCUCCGAUAGCCCUUUUUUCCUUGAUAUCCAAUUCCGACAAUUCUUGAAUUUCAAGAACCGAUCACAAAUCAUCAGGAAGAACGGUGGUAUUUUUGCAAAAUUGAUGCCUAAGGAAGAAUAUUUUGGAAAGGCUUUGUACACGUUUGAUAUUGGCCAGAAUGAUCUUCAAGGCGGACUUUUGCAUAAUAUGUCAUUUGAAGAAGUGAAAGCGUCUGUUCCAGAUAUUCUGAAUAGGUUCUCGCUCAACAUUAAGAACAUUACAAAAUUGGGCGGUAGAUCAUUUUGGAUUCACAACACAGGACCAAUCGGCUGUCUUCCUUAUUUCCUGACAAAUUUUCCAUUAGCGGAGAGAGAUACUACUGGUUGUGCAAAACAUUUCAAUGAAGUAGUACAACAUUUUAAUUUCAAAUUGAAAGAAACAGUCUCUCAACUUAGAAGGGAUUUUCCUUCAGCUUCAUUCACAUACGUUGACAUUUACUCUGCAAAAUAUUCUUUAAUCAGUCAAGCCCAAAAAUACGGAUUUGAGCUUCCACUAGUAGCAUGUUGUGGGUAUGGAGGAAAAUAUAACAAUAGCAAUACAGCUAGAUGUGGAAGUCCAGCGAUCAUAAAUGGGAGUCAAGUUCUUAUAAACCAGCCAUGUGAUAACCUCUCAGUGCGAAUAAAUUGGGAUGGAGUUCACUAUACUGAAGCUGCCAAUCAGUUUGUUUUCGAUCAAAUUUCUACCGGAGCAUUCUCCGAUCCGCCUGUUCCUUUGAAUCAGGCAUGCCACCGAACUACAUUUUGAAACAAACCAUUAUAU